AUGGGUCAAUACGACGCCCCCUCAGGUCCUCCACCAACGUACACUGCUCCUGCCACCGGCGGCGGCGAAGCAGCAAACUACUACGGCAACUCUGCCUCCCCCGCCCCACCCGCAAACUCCUACUACCCACCCCAACAAGGAUAUGCCUCUCCCGCGCCAGACGCAAACAGAGGAUACAUGCCACCACAACAGGGAGGCUACCCACCACAAGGAUACCCACCGCAGCAGGGAGGUUACCCACCUCAGGGACAGCCAAUGUACUAUCAGCAGCAGGGAUAUCCUCCGCCGCAGGGGCAUUACCAGCAGCAGAGUAGCAGUGGUGCUGGUGGUGGUAUUUGUGCUGGUGUGUUGAGUGCGUUGGCUUGUUGCUGUUGUUUGGAUAUCUUGUUCUAG